UAUGCUUGGCCCCAAGACCAAAGACGGCUGCAUGUGAUUCCUCGCCAUGGGCACGGGCAGCAGCCGCUGUGUGGGGCGCUGUGGUGCCGAGGUGCCGAAUGUGAACCUGGAGCCGGUGCAUGAGCUCAGCUUCCCCAUGUACGUGGUGAAGGUCCGCGACUUCUUGGCGAUGUCCGGCCCGCCGGAGGCGCAUUGCCAGAUCCGCCAGCGGCUGCACGCCUGGCAGCCAGGGAUGUUCGUGAUCUUCGUGUCCCAUCAAUGGCUCGGCCAUGUACAUCCGGACCCCGCCGGCGAGCAGAUGCAAGUGCUGCGGGAUGCCCUAGGCGGACUCAUCAACGGAUCCCUGCAGAUCGAGGUGGACCUGAUCUCCGCGCUGCGGCAGCAGGACGUGCGCACCUUCACGGCCGAGACCCGCCAAUGCGUGGCCGACGGCUUCAUUUUUCUGGAAUGGUUUGCCAUUCCACAGGUCACCGUGCGAGUCGAGGGUGUUAAUGAAGACGUGCGCUCGAAAGCGGCGGCCGCGGUGCAGAGCAUCCCAGCCUAUGUGGAGAUGUGCAACUUGUUCAUCGCUUUGGUGCCCGAGCUGGUGCAUACGGCCACUGGGCAAAGCUGUAACUACACCUCCUGGCUGGCUCGCGGCUGGUGUCGCGCUGAGCUUUGGUGCCACUUGCUCUCCAACAAGGCAGAUACCAGUGUCAUUGUGGUGCAUAGCGCCACCGAGGCGGAGUUCAUGUUCCCGCUGGACUGGCAGGACAGCACCAUUGCCGCGGGGGCCUUCACUGUGGAAGCCGAUCGCGAGGUGGUGAUGAAGCUGGGGCAGGUGGCGCUGGAUAGCAAGAUCGAAAGCCUCUCCACUUCAGGGCCCAAUUUGGACCUCUACCGCUUUUACCUGGCUUGUCGCCCCCGAAUGCUGGGGCAAGAGCCCAUCGCCUGGGACUUGUACAACUUCCUGCGCUGCUUCCGCUUUGGCACCUUUCAGCAUGCGGUCCACGAUCGCCACAACAUGAACGGGCUGUUGUGUGCAUUGUUCUCGGAAGAUGUGCAAAUGCUGCGGCUGCUCUUGCAACACCGGGCCGAUGUGAAUUCCCGCAUCCGGGGUUUGACGUCCCUGGGCUAUUUCGAUUCCCAGACCUUGCUCAUGGCGGCGGUGAAGUCGAAUCAGGGCGUGCUGGUGAUGAAGACCUUGCUCGACCUCCGAGCGGAUCCUGACCUCAUCGGCGACCGAGGAGAGAACGCUGCCUACUUGGCACGCUCGCCGUUGCAUGUGAAGAUGUUGCUGGAAGCCCGGGCCGACCUGCAUGCCGUCGGCGGCCCCGGCUUCGGGCUGACACCGCUCAAUGGCGUGGCGUCGCACGCGGACACCGAAACGGUGCUGGCCAUGCUGGAGGCCCAGUGCGAUCCCAAUCCACCGCUGGCAGGCUUCGGCUUCUCUCCCUUGCACGGUGCGGUGCUCUUCGCUCGGAGGAACAGGCAUGCGCAGCAGUCGGCGGAGCUCUUGGUGAAGCAAAGGGCCGACGUGAACUGCCGAGCAGAACCCAAAGGACGAUGCUACUUGCUUUGUCGGGCUGCAGGUGUCCACUGCGCGAUGAUGGGCUUCUCGGCCAGCUCCAUGAUGAUGCGCUAUUUCGCCUCCCUGCCCGGUAUCACGCCCUUGGGCAUGUCGGCGUUGAUUGGGGACCUGUCGUUGACGAAGCUCCUUCUAGAGUCCAGCGCAGAGUUGAUUGCCAACGACCGCGGGGACACCCCGGAGGACUUGGCCAAGACCAUGCGCCACGAGGCCUUGUUGCCCAGCUUGGUGCCCACCUUCUCCACUUGAGACUUUCUCACACGGCGGUGGGUCAAAA